UAUACUUGUAUAUUUAUAUCGUUCCAGUUUCAUAUGUUAUCUCUUCGUCCACGGACAUUAUGCGUGUGCGACGAUAAACAACGAGAUUCCGGUUGAACACAUGAACCGCCCGCCUGCUCUUAACUACCAGUCCUUCUGAAAGCCUUUAAAAAAGCACCGAAGUCUCCAGGUAAAUAUAUUGCCGCCACACAGCGUCCGGACGGCACGUGGAGGAAACCGCGGCGGGUGAAGGAUGGAUAUGUACCGCAGGAGGAGCUAUGAAAACAAGUAUGUAAAAUUCUUCAAGAGUAAACCAGACCUUCCACCCGGCAUGAACCCAGAGGAUGCGGCUGUGGCCCGUCAGCAACAGCAGGUUUCGAGUGCAACAGACAAGCAGAGCGAUGCAGCCGGACUCUCAAAAACAGCCAAGCGCAACAUGAAGCGCAAAGAGAAACGCAAACAGCAGAACCAGAACCAUCAGGAGACCAGUGAGGAGGUCCUGACUAAAGACAUGGAUGGACUGGAGAUCUCUGCAGAGGAGAAGAGGGUCAGCCCCGACCCAAACCUGGACCCUGUCAGCACGGAUACGUCCGCAGCUGCUGCAGAGAAGGCCAAGAAGAUAAAGAACCUACGUAAGAAGCUGCGGCAGGUGGAGGAACUCCAGCAGAAGUUAGAUUCUGGGGAGCUUAAAAACCCCAGCAAGGAACAGCUGGACAAACUGGGGCGAGCCCAGGCGUUACAGGAGGAGCUUGAGAUCCUGGAACGGGAUUUGUAAACUGAAAGAGCAGGAUUGUGGCUUUGAGUUAUUCGAAAGCUCACAUGUUCAAAUGAAGUGUCUGUGGCCAACAUGUCAAGUUGUAUUUCUGUGUCAAAUAAAGUGGGCUGCAGCCAUUAUUGUGUUUUAUACAUAAUGAAGAUUUGGGAACGUCUUGCACUCUGGACUCUUAAAGCAGGUCAUUGGUAGAACCUACAUGUGUGCAAAUGAUACUUUCCACUCUUCAUUUAAAUCAGUGUUUCCCAAACCUGGUCCUCGCUUACCCCCUCCCAGAAUGGUUUAGAUUUCUCCUUAUUUGUAACACCUGGUACAACUCACCACCUUGUUAGGGAAACGUCUUAACAAUUCUGUAAGGACGGUUUCAAGUGAGACAUCUAAGACAUUCUGGGAGGGGGGACAGGAGGACCGGGUUCCGGAUACACUGAUCGAUAUUGAUCAUGAUAUCGCUCUCUAAACUAGUUUGUGAGCUUAUAUUGACCGAUGGGUUAAAAUCCCAUGGUGUGAUAAUUUUUUUUACCAUUGAUGUAAAAAUAGCAUGAAUAUUAAUCUGUAGAAUUGUGUUAUAAUAAAUGUAGCAUAAAAAUAAAACCUUUUUUAUUUCUUUGUUAAUCAUCUGUAAAGAUCAUGACUAGUAUCAAAAAUCUCAUUUUUUUAUUAGGGAGGAUUAUGGUCACACUGGGAUUUAUUUUCAUAUUAGUCUUAUGAUCAAUUAUUGUUUCCAACCAUAUAAGAAUACUAUAGUUCACCCCAAAAUGAAAAUUCUGUCAUAAUUUACUCAUCUUAAUGUUUUUCAAAACUUUUCUUUAUAUGGUUGAACACAAAAGAAGAUAUUAUGAUGGAUGAUGGUAACCACACAGAUGGCGGUAUCUAUUGACUGCCAUAGUGGGAAAAACAAAUACCAUAGAAGUCAAUGGGUACCGGCAAUGGUGUGCUUAGUAUCUAUGAUCAGAAUUUCUUCUUUUGUGUCGAGCAAAAAAAAAAAAAAAACCGGGGUUUAGGGUUAUAAUAACAUGAGGUUGAAUAAAUGAUGAUCUAUAUAUAAAAGCUGAAGGUGAAGCCACCUCGAGUGUUCAAGUGGCCAUACUGGCAUGCCCAACCGACCAACGGCAUUAUGACCUGAAUUCAAAAGGUUUACAGUGUCACAAAAUAUUAGUUUGUAGGAUAUGUCUGUGUAAAUAAAUGAUUACUUCUGUUA